AUGUGUAAAGAACAGAGCUCUCUCACGAACAACAAGAAACAGUCGAGGACCUCCUGUACCGGUAGAUUAUUAUACCCUAUUCGAUCAUGGAGAGAUGAAAAACCGAAGCUGUCAAAAUGCAAAAGGUGGAAAAAGCUAGAACUGCGCAAGGAGGCUGCAUCCAAAAAUAAAGAUGAAGAAAGAGCUCCAAGUAAUAUGUCUGCAUCUUCUAACGCGCCCGAGGUGCUGAAAAACCUUACCAUCGGGUUCAAUUCGACCAUGAGAUCUCUCGAAUCCCUGGGAGAGAUGGACCGGGAUACGUCAAACCCAGCAGUUCAGGAAGAAUACAAAGCAAGCAAACAGUCAAGGAAGUUAUCAGUGGUCUUCGUCUGCAGGUCGACGGCUCCUGUACCACUGGUUGAGUCACUUUCAUUCACUGUCAAGCGACUAUCAGACCUUGAACGAGGGAAAGGGAUUCGACUGGUCUACCUAUCUAAGAACGCCGAAACGAGGAUGGCAGAUGCUGUAGGUAUUCCCAGGCUGGGUGUCAUUGGAAUUAAGGAGUGCCAGUCUGCUAGAAUCCUAAUUGACUAUGUACGAGAGAACGUUCCACCACCGAUAUAUUGA